UUCAACACCUUCUCUCUCCACACACAAAAAAUCAAAAUGAUGGGCACCGUUUGCACCGAUCACCAACACAAGUUCCACCACUCCCACCAACUCCUCCUCUCCAAAAAAUCCCUAGACAUCCCUCCCCGCAAGCAGCUCCUCCUGGGCCGCCGCGGCGGCGGCCCCGAUUCGGAAUCCGGGGCCGACAGCAGCCCCGGAUUCUCGAAGUUCCUGCCCUACAACGACGGCUCCGACUCGGACUCGGACGACCCGUACUCGUCCGACCACUUCCGGAUGUACGAGUUCAAGGUCCGGAAGUGCAACCGCAGCCGGAGCCACGACUGGACCGACUGCCCCUUCGCCCACCCGGGCGAGAAGGCGCGGCGCCGCGACCCGCGGCGCUUCCAGUACUCUGGCACCGUGUGCGCAGAGUUCCGGAAGGGCCACUGCGGGAGGGGCGACGCCUGCGAGUUCUCGCACGGCGUCUUCGAGUGCUGGCUCCACCCGUCCCGCUACCGCACCGAGGCGUGCAAGGACGGGAAGAGCUGCAAGCGGAAGGUGUGCUUCUUCGCGCACUCCUCCCGCCAGCUCCGCAUCGUCCCCGACUCGGACGCCUCCCCGGCCGCAGAUAAGAAAUCCGCGGCCGCGGCCGCCCACCACUGCUGCCUCUACUGCCACUGCUCGAUGUCGGCCUCGCCGACAUCGACCCUUAUGGGCCACCUGGCCCAUAACACUUCCCCGCCCCUCUCGCCCCUGGGCGAGAGGGGCGGGGGCGCCAGCGCGUCCUCCUACAGGGACGCGCUGGCGGAGCUCAUGGCCUCGUUCGAGGCCAUGAGCCCCAGCCCCACGGCAGGCCGCUCCAGCGGCCUGCCGUGGCUGGACGUGAACGAGGUCAUGAGCCCGGGCCGCCAAGGCGGCCUGCCGUGGCUCGACGUGAAUAAUUUCAACGUCGAGGAGCCGCAGCAGCCGCAGUUCGUGAUGUCGCCCUCGACUCCGGUGAGGCGCGGGCAUAGCAAGUUCUACUCCGGCGAGAGCAAGUUUUCUCCGGUGGAAUAUUCCGGUAGGAAUUUGGCGGAUGACGGCGGAUCCGGUGGGCCGGAUCUCGGGUGGGUCAACGAUCUGCUGACGUGAACGACGAAAGAAGACGAGGAAGAAGAAGAAGAGUUCUCUGUAAAUAUGAGGAUGAGGAUGAGGAAUGGAGGGCUUGUGUAUACAUACACAGAGAAGGGUGUAUGUAUAGGUGAGAUUAAUUUUUUUAGCGGUGAAAUUGUUAAUUUGGGUGUUGACUUAAUGUGUUUUUAAGUAUGUUGAUGAAUAAUGUCUUUCUUAAUUAAGUUGGGAAAUUUGGAGGUGUAAUUCUUGUUUGAUGAUCAGCUUCAAGGCUUCAAUGGUGAUCAAUGAUCAAUGUGAAUUGUAAUGUACCAUAUAUUAUAUCUUGAUCUUUUUCUUAAUUAAUGAACAUCUAAUUUUGUUAA